AUGUCAAACGUCUUUAUAUCGACUGCUAACUGUGGUAAAGCUCAUAAUGCUGACAUAUAUGGAACUUCCGUUUGUUUGCCCUAUACCGUAACAUGUUCUGGUGAUGGUACUAUUAAGCUUUGGAAGAACAAGUUACUAGAUAACGAAUUGCCCAAGGAGAACGUUAUUACGCAAUUUGUUCACAGGACAGGUGUUCACCAUGUAGAUACUUUCUAUUCAGUGGAGAAAGGUGGGCAUGAAUUGUGCAUUGUAUCCUGUGUUUCAUUUGCAGGUACUAUUCAUUUCUACCAAGUUGAUGUUAAGAGUGGUAAAGUUGAAGCAGUUGACCUGUUACCAUCUCAAGAUAAGAAAAAAUCAUAUUGGUCAUUAAAAUGGUUUAAAAGUGAUGAUCAAAUGGUUUGUCAUAGGUUAGCGGCCACUGAUGUUAAGGGCAAUACGCUUGUCUGGAGAUUCCAUCCAUUUGCACAAGAGUUUGAUGAAGAGUUGGCAAAGAAAGAAGAGGAAAAAAGAGCUAAAAGGUUGGCAAGAGGUCAAAGUGUGGAGGAUCCAUCUACAAAUUCUGAAAACGAUGAAGAACUGAAAUUACAACCUCAUUUAAAACUGCAUGGAGAGAUUCCCUCUGUAGAACCUGUCUUUGCCACAUGUGUAGGCAUUUCUCAUAAUGGAUUGGUGGCUACAGGGUUUGCCAAUGGUAGCGUCGUUGUAUCUGAACUGAGUACUUUGAGACGUAUUCAUAAUUUUGAAGGUUUCGGUAUUCAAGGAAUUGAACAAAAUAGUAACACAGUGAGAGCCGUUGAAUUUUCCCCAUUGGGUACUUUGUUAGCUGUUGCUAGUGAUUCUGGUUCUUACGGCUGUGUGUCCCUUUAUGAAACUGAAUAUGGUGAACGUGUAGGUUCACUAACGGUUCCUACUCAUAGCGCUCAAACAAGUAUCGGUACUUUUGCCCAUGAUGGUUGGGUAUUUGGAUUAUCCUUUAAUCCCACAGGUGAAUUUUUAGCAACUUGUGGGUACGAUAGUAAAGUUAGAAUUUGGGAUGUUAAAUUAAGAGAAAGGGUCUCGACAUUAAAUAUUAGCGCCGGUGAUAUCGAGGUUGAAGAAGACAUAAUGUUACAAGACGAAAAUGGUGAAUCUGUGAAAAAUCCACCUGUUAUGGAUGUUAAAUUCAUCAAUAAGGGUGUGCGUGGUGGUAUGGGCAGCGAGACCAAUGAGGGUCUUUGCUGCGUGUGUUUAGAUAGAAGUGUUAGAUGGUUUAGAGCUGCUGGUGGUAGCUAA